CCUGGCCUUUAGAUGUCGACAUGCUAAAAGACGACCAGCCAAUGAUGAACUUUGACACUUCAGCAUAACCUUUGAUGCUUUUCCUGCAUGUGAAAACGGGACCGCCGUCCUGCAAAAGACAAAUUCCCACCACGAAAUGGCCAAGUAUUUAGCACAAGUCAUCGUGAUGGGGGUUCAGGUGGUCGGCCGUGCUUUCGCUCGAGCUCUACAGCAAGAAUAUGCAGCGAGUCAAGCGGCAGCACGAGCACGAAGCAGUGCUGGUCAGCAUUCUGCCGCCGCCACCGGCAUCUCCGGGAUGAGUUUACAAGAAGCUCAGCAGAUCCUCAACGUCUCCAAGCUCGAGCCAGAAGAAAUCCAGAAGAACUACGAGCAUCUCUUCAAAGUCAAUGACAAGUCUAUGGGCGGUUCAUUUUACCUACAAUCAAAAGUGGUGCGGGCUAAAGAGCGUCUGGACGAGGAACUAAAUAUCAAAGCGCAACAACAAAAGCAUCAAUCGCAGCACAGCAUGGAAACUUGAAGUACAAAAGAGCAACCAUGCCCCCCCCCCCCCCCCCCCCCGUUUCCUCUGUAAAUUAUACACCAGUAAAUGUCAGCCUUUCUCUAC